CAAAACAUCAUCGCACUAUAAAAACAAAAAUAAAAAGGACCAUAGGAAUACAAUGGCGAACAAAGACAUGAACAACAACUUUGGACAAGAUGAUAAGAAGAAGCAGAUGGCUGAUAGUGCAAAGCAGACAUAUGGAAGCACAAAGGAUAAGGCCGGACAGAUGGCUGGUAGAGCUGGCGAGGAAGGCGAGCACUUGAAGGGAAAGACACAGGAUAUGAAGGGCCCUGCACAGGAAAAAGGCGAACAGAUUAAGGGAAGGACCGGUGAAAUGGCAGACAGCGCAAAGGAGAAAGGCGAGCACUUGAAGGGAAAGACACAGGAUAUGAAGGGCCCUGCACAGGAAAAAGGCGAACAGAUUAAGGGAAGGACCGGUGAAAUGGCAGACAACGCAAAGGAGAAAGGCGAGCACUUGAAGGGAAAGACACAAGAGAUGAAAAAACCUGCACAGGACAAAGUUGGUGAAAUGGCCGAUAAUGCAAAGGAUAAAUAUGGAAACGUCAAAGAGAAAGCCGGACAAAUGGCAGACACUGCAAAAGGGAAGUAUGAAGAGGUAAAAAAUAAAACAAAAGGAAUGACAAGCGAUGAGAAACAAAAAGGCGGUGAUAUGCAGGGCAAAGGCGAACGGGCAUACGACAAAGUAAAGGAAGUGGGUGAAAAAGCAAAGUAUAAAACAAAGGGAGCCGUUGACAACACCAAGGAAAAACUUGCAGGUGUGAAGGGUAGCGCAAGACAGACAGCAGACAAAACAAAGGAGGCAGGAAGAGAAACAAAAAGCAAAACGAAAAGAGGGGCUGACAAAAUGACAGGAGGAGAUGCUGAUGCGGAAAGUGAAACAGAGCAGGUCGUUGAGUGUCCUAAGGAUGAGUAUGAAAAGAUAAAAAACAAAUUGCAGGAGAAGUUGACGCAGGAUUACUUCAAAGAUGAAAGGUUCAAAAAUCAUAAUCCGUUUUACUGCAGCUAUGGCAGAGAAAAGAAUGAAAAAGAUGAGAAGAAGCAGUGAAGAAUGCGAAUUUAAUAAAGUUAAGUAUUAGAAGUUA